AUGGAGCGUAAUCCUAGCUGGCCCUGUUUACAUCAAUGGUUAGAGACGCGGCCGUCGCGACAAGUAUGCCCCGUCUGCAAGGCAGCUAUCAGCAGAGACAAAGUUAUUCCACUCUACGGCAGAGGCAACACUAAACAAGAAGACCCUAGAAAUAAGCAAGUGCCCCCGCGACCGGCGGGGCAGCGCACGGAGCCUGAGAACACCAGCGGGUUCCCCGGCUUUGGCUUCGGCGAGGGCUUCCACAUGUCCUUCGGCAUUGGCGCCUUCCCAUUCGGCGUGUUCACAUCCACUUUCAACUUCGGUGAUCCUAGACCGAGUGCUGCGCCCCGCGGCACGGCUCAGUACGAGGAAGAGCAAUUCCUGUCCAAAAUUUUCUUAUGGGUGGCCAUUCUGUUCGUGCUGUGGCUGAUCUUCGCAUGA